AUGAACAAAAAAAAGUCCAAAUCCAAAGGCGAUAUCCUGCUAACUUGUCAAGCAUGUUUAGUUACUAAAAAUACUUCCCACCAAAAUUAUCGCACGACCAAAACCAAAAAAAUGCAAAGCCAAAAUUUGAAAUUAAAUUUAAAAAAGUAUUGUAAAUUCUGUCAAAAAACUCAAUCUCAUAAAGAAGGAGCAGUUAACCGCAAAAAAAGAGAUACGGGAAGUUAUUUGGAAGAUUUAGGUUAUUAUAAUCCCCGCACCCAGGAAACAAAAUUAAACCAAGAAAGCACGCAAAAAUGGCUAAAAAAUGGUGCUCAACCAACCCUUACGGAAACUAUCAAGAAGUUAAAAAAAAAAUCCAAAAGUCAGCAAAGGCUGUUAUUUGAUUUAGAAGACAGUUUGAUUCACCAAGGAGAAUUUUUGCGAACUCUACAGAUUUAUACCCAAAGGCUAGUACAAAAGCACCAAGUUGAUUGA